AUGGGCAAGGAAAAGUCGGGAGUCGACCCGCGGUCGUGGGAUGCGGUCAACCUCCCCGACUGGAUGAAGUCCUACGCUUCAAGCAUGGGCUACAGAAAGAUGACGGCCGUCCAGGCUAGUUGUCUCCCGCAGUUCCUCGAGAAAGGCGCAGACGUUGUAGUAGAGGCCGUGACGGGAAGCGGAAAGACGUUGGCUUUCCUCAUGCCCACCGUCAAUAAAGUUCUCGGCGUCGAAGACCUCAAACGUCACCACAUCGCCGCCAUCGUCGUUAGCCCUACGCGAGAGCUCGCCACCCAGAUCCAUUCCGUCCUCGUCUCGAUGCUCGAGUUCCACGAACCCUCCGCCCAGCUCCUUCCUUUCCUCCAAGAGGAGGAGAAACGCCCCGAUGCGACGUGUCCUGUUGUCGUUCCCCAGCUUCUCGUCGGCGGAACCACCACACCUGCCCAGGAUCUCGCCUUCUUCCUGAGGCACUCGCCCAACUUGCUCAUCGCGACCCCGGGCCGCCUCGUCGAACUUCUUGCCUCUCCAUAUGUCCACUGCAAAGGCGCGGCCGGCUUUGAGGUUCUCAUUCUCGACGAGGCCGACCGCCUCCUCGACCUCGGCUUCAAGCCGGAUAUACAAAGGAUCCUCGGUCACCUUCCCAAGCAGCGUCGCACGGGCUUGUUCAGCGCGUCCGUCUCUGAUGCCGUGAGCGAAAUUAUUCGCGUCGGCUUGAGAAAUCCCGUCAAGAUCACCGUGCGAGUCAAGAGUCUGAAAGACGGCGGCAUCAUAGAAGACCGCAAGGUCCCUGCUAGUCUGCAGCUGUCCUACCUCAAAGGGCCGGCUAGCCACAAGCUCCCUCUUCUCUGCCAGCUCCUCGAGAAGCUGGCGCAAAGACCGCAGCGAAGCAUGAUCUUCUUGUCCACCUGUGCCGCCGUCGACUACUUCCAACACGUACUGCCUCUGCUCCUUCCCGAGGGCUUCUCGCUCGUGUGCCUUCACGGCAAGCACCCUUCCAAGCCUGCCAUACAAGUGUCCGAUAACGACGCCGCCUCCGCGUCCGAGCGGAUACGCCAACUCGUGCGCACGGAUCGCGCUCUCUAUGACAAGGCGUCCAAAGCUUUUGUCUCGUGGGUGCGCAGCUACGCCAGCCAUCAGGCCGCUUCCAUCUUCCGCGUCGCUGACCUCGACUGGGCGGACCUCGGCAACGCCUGGGGUCUCCUCCGGCUUCCCAAGAUGCCGGAAGUCAAGAGCUGGGAUGGCGACCGCCUGCUCGGCCAGGAGGUGGACUGGGAAACGUACUCCUACAAGGACAAGGCGCGCGAGAAGCAGCGUAUAGAGACGCUCGAGGCGGAAAAGGAGGCCCGGGCCAAGGGCGAGUUCCCAGACGCCGCCAACAAGGCCAAGAAGAGGAAGAAGAAUACCGAGGCAUGGAGCGGGAAGCUAGAGAGGGAGAGGCGGAGAAACAAAGCCGUUGACAAGGUCAAAGCAGCUGACGCGGAUGCCGAGUUCACUGGGUUUGACGAUUGA